AGCCUUGUCGGGCGCGACUAUCGUGCCACAGCAGACAAAAUGCGUUUAUUCGCUAAAGUAGGAGAAGCGUCCAAGUACUUGGCGCUCGUGGGGAUAUGCGUCCUCGCGUUUAGCAUUCGUCUAUUUUCAGUCGUAAAAUAUGAGAGUGUUAUCCAUGAGUUCGACCCCUACUUCAACUAUCGGGUCACCCAGUUCCUCACGAAAGAGGGCUUCUACGAGAUGUGGAACUGGUUCGACGAUCGGACAUGGUACCCGCUUGGUCGUGUGAUUGGAGGCACAGUCUACCCGGGCCUCAUCUUCACUGCGGGUUCCAUGUACCGCAUUCUGCACUUCUUCAACAUCCCCAUACACGUCCAGGAGGUGUGUGUGUUCACGGCGCCGCUGUUCUCGGCCUUCUGCGCCCUGGCCUGCUACGGCCUGGUGUCGCAGGCGCGCGGCCCCGGCGCCGGCCUGCUGGCGGCGCUGUUUGUGGGCAUGGUGCCCUCCUACAUCAGCCGCUCCGUGGCCGGCAGCUACGACAACGAGGGCGUGGCCAUCUUCGCGCUGGUCAACGUGUUCUACUGGUUCGUCAAGACUGUCAACACAGGCAGCGUGAAGGACUCGGUGCUGUGUGUGCUGGCGUACGGCUACAUGGUCCUGUCCUGGGGCGGCUACAGCUUCAUCAUCAACCUGCUGCCGCUCUACUGCCUGGCCUGCGUCUUCUUCGGACGGAUGACGGGCCGCCUCUACGUAGCGUUCGCGCCGCUAGUGGCCAUCGGCACCGCCAUGUCCGCCUCCAUCCCCGUGGUGGGCUUCAACGCGGUGCUCAUGAGCGAGCACUUCGGGGCCUUCUUCGCCUUCGUGGUGCUGCACGUGGCGCUGCUGGUGGGCUACGUGCGGCGCAUGCUGAGCCGCAAGCACUUCUACGUGCUCACCACCCUGGUGCUGGGCGGCGCGGUGGCGGCGGGCGCCGUGGUGGCCAGCGCCGUGGCGGCCUACGUGGGCAAGAGCCCCACACUGGGCUGGACGGGCCGCUCCAUGACGCUGCUGGACCCCACCUACGCCUCCCGCUUCGUGCCCAUCAUCGCCUCCGUGUCCGAGCACCAGCCGCCGCAGUGGAGCUCCUACAUCAUGGACCUGCACAUACUGGUGGCGCUGGCGCCUGCGGGCAUCCUGGCCUGCUUCAGCCGCCUGACGGACGCCACUCUGUUCCUGGUCAUGUACGGCCUCACCGCUGUGUACUUCAGCGGAGUCAUGAUCCGUCUCAUGCUGGUGCUGGCCCCCGCGGUGUGCUGCCUGGCGGCUGUGGCGCUGUCCGACCUGCUCUACGUCAUCUGCGGCUCGCUGCGCUGCCGCCCGCUGUUCAGCCUGUUCCCCUCCUCCGAAGACACCGCCGCCGCCGAGGGCGACGCCGGCGACGACGCGAGCGCGGGCGGCAGUGGCUCCAAGGAGGGCGCCGCGGGGGCGGCCGGAGAGGAGGCCACUCCCAAGAAGAAGUCCAAGUCACGCAAGUCAGGCUCCUCCUCCUCCUCCGCCGCCGCCAAGGUGUAUGCGCUGCCGGCGGUGGUGAGCUAUGGCCUGCUGGGCAUGGUGCUGGUGCUGCUGGGGCUGUACGUGGUGCACUGCAUCCACGCCUCAGCCGACAUGUACUCCUCGCCCUCCAUCGUGCUGCAGUCGCCGCGCCAGGGCGGCGGCUACUACGUGUUCGACGACUUCCGCGAGGCCUACGCCUGGCUGCGGCACAACACGCACCCCGACGCCAAGGUGGCCAGCUGGUGGGACUACGGCUACCAGACGACCGCCAUGGCCAACCGCACCGUCAUUGUGGACAACAACACCUGGAACACCUCGCACAUCGCCACCGUGGGGAGAGCCAUGAGCAGCCCGGAGGCCAAGGCAUGGCAGAUCUACCGCUCGCUGGAUGUGGAGUACGUGUUCGUGGUGUUUGGCGGACUGGUGGGCUACCCCUCGGACGACAUCAACAAGUUCCUGUGGAUGGUGCGCAUCGGCGGCGGCGUGUACCCAGAGAUCAAGGAGAAGGACUACCUGACCCCGGACGGUGACUACCGGGUGGACGCCGCCGGCGCGAAGACCAUGCUCAACAGCCUCAUGUACAAGCUGUCAUACUACGACUUCGCGGACGAGUCCCAGCUGAGCACGGGGCAGCGCGGCAUCGACCGCGUGCGCGGCUACCAGAUCGGCCGACUCAACGUGAAGCUCAACUACUUCGAGGAGGUGUUCACCAGCCAGCACUGGAUGAUGCGGAUCUACCGGGUGCGGGACCAACCGCUGCGGGACCCGCACCCGCGCGCAGCCAAGAAGGGGAAAGGCAAGGCGCCGGCGCCGCGCCGCGGGUAGAGGGGGAGGAGCUGUCGGGGCCAUAGGGCUGUGGGGCGAGGCAGUUGGGGGGGCGGGUGCCUGCUGCUGAGUGCUACCAGACACGUGAGAAGGGCUCGAGAGGGAUGGAGAGUUGCGAAGGAGGAGGAGGCGCAAGGCUAGCUGGUUAGGCGAUUAGGUGAUGGCCGUGGGUUGGGCGGAUGGUUGGGGAAAGGGCCUGGCAGGCCUGGCGGUGGGUGGCGGGCCCGUUGAGGGGCGCAGCUGCAGCGAGUGGGUCAGGGGCUCAUGUGGACAGCGGCAUUGGGCGGUGCGGAGGCAUGUGUGCCCGCCGGCGGAGGGGGGUGGUACGUCUUAUGCAGCGGUGCCUCUACAGUCAGAUGCUAUGUGCAGCAGGGAGGGCACUGCAGGGCGCAAGUGCGGGUUAGGGGUGUGCAGGCGUGUGCAGGGCAUGAGGUUGCAGGGCUGGCGCAUUACCGUGGUGUGUCGAAAGGCCCGGAUUGGCAGUUGCCCAAGGUCAAUAGGCUGUAACGGGCUAACGGCUUCAAGGCCAGCUGGCAUCGUUGGUACGUCCUGUCGCAGUGGCGGUUGGUGGAUGGUGCGGGGGCCGAGGUGUUAGUCGGACGCUGACAAACAUGUGCCCCGCGCGCCUCAACUCCAAUUCACAGUCUUAGAGCCGAAUAAGGCAUCAAACAUUGACGUCCAAACAGUUGCUAUCCGCAUCGUGCAGGGCGCUCGACCUGUGCCUCAGCAGACACUCCCGGAAAACCGUCGACAAGGGCAAGUUUAG